UCUUGUGGAUGGUAGAUGCAGGUGCUGGUAGACAUGAAGAGCUGGGGAGCACACGAAAGAAAUGGGAAGGCCACAGACUCCUCUCAAAGAAACCCCCUUGGAGCCGUGGACUCAGCCACAGUCUCAGCGCCGCGUCACGUUUCACCUCCCCGACGGCUCCCAGGAAAGCUGCAGCGACAGYGGCCUCGGCGAGGCGGAGGCGGGCGGCGGAGCCGGCGCCUCGCACCCGCUGCCCCUCGGCUGCCCGCGGGACGAGUACUACGAGCAGGCGUCGCCCAACAGCCGCACCGAGGGCGACGGCAACUCCGACCCCGAGUCCAGUAAGUGA